CAGGUUGCUGCCAAUGUGCUAGUGUUUAUAUGUGGCCACCUGGUGGGGGUGUUCGUGCAUUCCAUCAUGGAGCAUGCUCAACGAAAGGCCUUUCUGGACACACGAAACUGCAUCAAUGCCCGUUUGCACAUGGAGGAUGAGAAUGAAAAACUCGAACGGCUACUACUCAGUGUAUUGCCACAACAUGUUGCCAUGGAGAUGAAAGAAGACAUCAUAGCUCCCCGAGCUGGCCAGUUCCACAAGAUCUACAUACAAAAGCAUGAAAAUGUCAGCAUCCUGUUUGCUGACAUCGUUGGCUUCACAGUGCUAGCCUCUCAGUGUAGUGCCCAAGAAUUGGUUCGGCUCCUGAACGAACUAUUCGGACGUUUUGACCAGCUGGCUAAUGACAAUCACUGUCUGCGCAUCAAAAUCUUGGGUGACUGCUACUACUGCGUGAGCGGCCUACCCGAGCCUCGUUCUGACCAUGCUCACUGCACUGUUGAGAUGGGGCUAGACAUGAUUGACGCUAUAGCGUCUGUCGUGGAAGCCACAGACGUGCAACUCAACAUGCGAGUAGGCAUUCACACAGGCCGAGUCCUAUGCGGUGUGCUGGGCUUGCGCAAAUGGCAGUACGAUGUCUGGUCCAACGAUGUCACUUUGGCCAAUGCAAUGGAGGCCGGCGGCAUCCCAGGGCGUGUACAUGUGACAGAGGCAACUGUAGAGUGUCUGCACGGCGAGUACCAGUUGGAGCCAGGCAGAGGGCAGGAGCGCAACAGCUACUUGCGUGAACACAAUGUCAACACCUAUUUCAUUCGACCACCCGCACACAGGAGAAAGACGAUGCUGUUUAACCAGCUGCACGUUCGACGCAUGGCUGGUCGCAAGCUGUCAUUCAAGAAUGUCUCCAAUGUGGUGGUGCAGCUGUUGCACUCUAUCAAGUACAGCAUUGAUGUGCCCUUUGCCAACAUGGCCAUGCCUGGCCCCAGUGGUACAGCUGAGAAGCAGCCUAGCAAAAAGUUCAAGAUUACUGAUAAACUGCACAAACCACUAAAGAAAAGGCAUUCUGUGGUGUACCAUCAGCCAAGCAAUCGAAUAAAUAAGUACUUGGCUCAAGCCAUCGAGGCACGCAGCGUGGACCGAGAGAAGUCCAAUCAUGUCAACAUGCUCACCCUCUGGUUCAAGGACAAGACAAAGGAGGAACAGUACCACCAUGAGAAGGACCACGGCUUUGGCAACAGCCUCGCUUGCAUCCUAGGAGUACUUCUCUUGCUGAGUGGAGUCGAGGCCACUGUGCUACCAAGGACUCUGAUCCUCGUGGUGCUGUCGGUGACCGCAUUCGUGUGCGUCUCCAUGUUCCUCAUCUUGGUGCUGGCUGCUCAACUCAGGUGCAUCCACUGGGACAUCAGCCGUAAUUUCGUUCUGCGAAUGGUCAUCACCGUCUUCUCAUUGCUGCUAAUCUACUCCGUGGCGCAAGUCAACAUGGUAUCAUGUGUGGCCGACUGCCACAAGGAAGCGAAUGAGACGGCGGCAACGCCUGCCAAGCCUCACGGUGCAGAGUGGCCGCAUCGGCUGUGCCCGGUGCCACAGUACCUGGUGGUGUGCUGCCUGCUGACGCUACUGCCGGCUUCAGCCUUCCUGCGCCUGCCACUGCUGGUCAAAGUGUUGCUGCUCGCCCCUAUGGGCAUCGCUUUCCUCGCCCUCGUCGAAAUCUCGCAUGCCCAGGUCUUCUUCUGUUACGACCACAAUGCCCACACUCUGGUACCACUGCAUGUACUUGCUGUGGUGGGAAUCAUCCACAUGCUGAUGGCCGUGCUCAUCCAUGGUCGCCAAGUAGAGUGGACAGCUCGACUUGAUUUUCUCUGGAACCUGCAGGCUAAUGAAGAAAAACAGGAAAUGCAUGACUUGGAGAGCAGCAAUCGAAGAAUAUUGUUCAACCUUCUUCCUGCACAUGUGGCAACACAUUUCCUGGACAAUCAGCUAAAGAACAACAUGGAACUGUAUCAUCAGUCAUACAGCCGAGUCGGUGUCAUGUUCGCCUCUAUCCCAAACUUCCACGAGUUCUACAUAGAAUUAGAUGGCAAUAAUCAAGGUGUCGAGUGCCUGAGGCUUUUGAAUGAGAUAAUUGCAGAGUUUGACCAGCUUCUGGAUGGUGACCAGUUCAAAGCUAUAGACAAGAUCAAGACAACUGGGAGCACAUAUAUGGCUGCCAUUGGUCUAAUGCCUGAUGCACGGAUUGGGGAUGACCAUGAAUCUGGUGCCAGCUACAUGAGUACCAUGGCAGAGCUUGUCUUCACCAUGAAGGACUGCCUUGCCGACAUCAAUGAAAAUUCUUACAACAAUUUCAUGCUUCGUGUUGGGCUCAAUAUUGGUCCUGUAGUAGCAGGAGUGAUUGGAGCCCGGAAGCCACAGUACGACAUCUGGGGCAACACAGUCAACGUGGCUAGUCGCAUGGACUCUACAGGCCUGCCCAACCACACUCAGGUGACCGAGGAAGUCUACCAGUUGCUACGAGACGGGCCCUACGUGUUCCAGUGUCGUGGUAAAGUCAAGGUGAAGGGCAAGGGAGAAAUGACAACGUACUUUCUCAUUGACCGGAAAACUCGCUGCUCGGCACCCAGUUCAAGGGAGGGCGGUGCCUCUGGUGGUCAGUCGAGCUCAGUGCCUCAGCCGGAGGAGAAUAGCCUCUCUGGAAGUCUGCCUCCGCAUUUGAGCUCAAACUCGCUCCAGCUGAGAAGAGAAAGUGGUUCCACUUCUAAUAGCUGGGCAGGGCAGCACCAAAAGGCAUGCACCGCUGGCAGCUCAUGACGACGUUUUACCAUACACCCAGCCCAAGCCCAUCAUUGUGUCAAACACGCCUCCGCAUGGGUCUAGAUCGCGAGUGAAAACCGGAGUGUCUUCCAAACCAGAGUCCCUCACACGUGGUGACCCCUGGGAGAGCUUGAAACAAAUAAGAGUGCCUCCUCCCUCACUACCUGGGGACCAAAGUGAGGCUGUGCUGACUGACGACUGUAGUCUCGAUCCUCGGUCAGAAAGUGCGAGCAGCCACCUUGAUGACGGGCAUUCUAGCAGCGAUAGCCUUAUUGAGGAGAGUCACUGUUUAAAUGACCAUCCGUCAUCGCCACGUGGAAGCUUGUCGGGU